GACCUUGGGAAGAAGGGGCUUCUCGACUGUGAAGUAGGAGAGAGGCUUCCUUGGGGAGAGGAAUUUGGUUGCUGCUGCCAAAGCAGAUGGAUUCACCCAGGUCCAGUGAGCAGUGAGGGUGUGUCCAGCUCUGCUAGAGGGAGAGGGCCAUUCGGAAGGCCAAGGCUGUUUGCAUAGGAGGGAGAACUACGCUCGAGGUCAGGUCUGAGGUCCAAGACACAGGCAACAGCCCAGAGGAACCUCCACUCUGCCUGCUCAACCACCUGUCCUUGCCCUGACUCCCACCCCAUCUCCAGAUCUUCCAGGCCUGCCAUGGACUCAGCAGCCAAGGACGAAAUGCACCCCACACUUCUCCCAGGCUCUUCCUGCCCAGGACCUGAGUGGCCAGAGCAGGAGAAGGCUGAGCAGCUGGCUCGGGGUGCAGCACUGAAGUGGGCUUCAGGCAUCUUCUACCGGCCAGAACAGCUGGCCAGGCUGGGCCAGUACCGUAGCCGGGAAGUGCAGCGUACCUGCUCCCUGGAGGCGCGCAUCAAGUCAGUGGUGCAGUCAUACCUUGAAGGUGUGCAGACUGGUGUAUGGCAACUGGCCCGGGCCCUUGAGGCUGUGCAGGGAACCCGUGAGGCUCUGAGUCAGGCCCAUGAUUUGCUUCAGGAAUUGGCUCAGGCCUCACAGACCCUCGAGCCCCUGCGGGAACAAGUUGUCCAGCACAAGCAACUGCAGGCUCUGUCUCGGUUGCUGCCCAAGCUACAGGAAGUGCCAGCUGCAGUAGCCCACACACAGACCCUGAUUGAUGCCCAACAGCUCUUGGAGGCAUAUGUGAGCCUGCGGGAGCUGGAACAGCUACAAGAGGAGACAUGGAAACCCCUGGGAGGGAAGGAGUUGCCAGUCUUCCAGGGGCUAGGCCUUCUGGCUGAGGCAUUGGGUCAGGCUGUGGAGGCAGCUGCAGGGGCCGCAGGGCAGCUGGCACGUGAGGAUCCAGCCCUACUGGUGGCUGCUGUUCGUGUGGCAGAGGUGGAGUCCAAGCGUACUACUGGCCUAGGGCAGGCACCUCGAGACUGGCGACAGCGAUGCAUACGGGCACUGCAGGCAGGCCUGGAGCAGGUCCACUUCGCACCAGCUGUGCUGCCUGAGCCAGGAGCCCUGGCAGGGUGGCUGGAGGCUCUGCAGGUAGCCUUGCCUGCUGAGUUGGCCACAGCUGAGGCACUGGUAGCACCAUGCUGCCCACCACACUACAAUGUGGUCCAGCUAUGGGCCCACACCCUGCACAGUGGCUUGCGCCGCAGUGUGCAGCAACUCCUCGCUAGGCCUAAGCUGGAAGCUGCUGAUGCCUUCGCUUUGCUGCACUGGGCGCUGCAUGUGUACAUGGGGCAAGAAAUGAUGGGGAACCUGGAACUGGGGCCUGAGGCUGAUGUGUCCCAACUAGAGCCCCUCUUGACCUUGGAGAACAUUGAGCAGUUGGAGGCAACAUUUGUGGCCCAAGUUCAGGCAACUGUGUCCCAGUGGCUGCAAAAGGCACUGGAUGGGGAAGUAGCUGAGUGGAGCCGGGAGCAGGCACCUAACACAGACCCAUCUGGCUUCUACCACUCACCAAUGCCAGCUAUCGUACUGCAGAUCCUUGCUGAGAACAUUCGUGUGACCAGCCUGGUCAAUGAGUCACUGCAGCAGCGGGUGCAUGGCAUGGCUCUGUCAGAACUGGGAGUAUUUCUGAGGAGCUUCAGCGAUGCUCUAAUCCGAUUCUCCCGAAACCAUCUCAAGGGAGAAACACUGGCUCCUCACUAUGUGCCCUACCUAUUGGCUGCCUUAAACCACCAAUCAGCACUGAGCUCCUCAGUAUCUGUUCUGCAGCCCGACGGUGUAGCUUCAGGGGCCUUGGCUCCGGUAGAAGCCGCGCUGGACGAAUUACAGAGGAGGAUCUGUCGUCUGGUGUUGGAAGCCCUGCAGAUGGAGCUCCAACCCCUGUUCGCAGCUCUGCCCUCGCGCCGGUGGCUGUCGAGCUCCGAGUUGCUGGGUGGAGUGUGUGAGCAGACGUCACGCUUCUGCCGGGACUUCUGGCGCGUGAGGAAGCCCGCGGCUCAGCUGCUUCUGGCCGAGACGGAGCGCACCGUGGUGGUGCAGUACCUGCGCUCGCUGAUGCUCGGCCGCCUGGUGUGCCGCGGUGCCGACGAGCGGACCCAGGCGGCCGUGCGCCUAGGGCACGAUGCCGCCCAACUGAAGGACCUUUUCCUUGGUUUGGGCCUGGAGGAGAGCGCUCACUGCGCGCCCGUGCUGCUGGCGCUGGGGGGACUGCUCAACCUCCACGACCCCACGCUGCUCAGCCUCGAAGUGGCAGGCCUGCGGCAACAAUUUCCGGACGUGAGCGAGGAUCAUGUGUCCGCCCUCCUGGACCUGCGCGGGGACGUGUCCCGAGAGCAGCGCCAGGCCGCUCUCAACUCGCUGCAGGCCGGCCCACCGCCCUCGCCGUCCACGGGUCGCCGCGCGCUCUUCAGCCUGGUACCGGCGCCGGCGCCUGCGCUCUCCUCCUGCCUCGCCUCGGGACCCUGCUCCUGAUGCCCGUCUGCCCGCGUAAUAAAGACGCG